CUCUAUAUAAACCCACGGUACAAUCUCCAUAACACAAUCAGACAAACCCCUUAUCAAGCAAAAUGGCGAUAUCAACCUCAACAAUCCUCACCAUCCUCUCCUUUCUCUUCUUAUCAUCUUCGUCUUUUGCACAAUCCUCUUACACCGCUCCCUUCAAAUCCUUCAUCGAUUGCUUUCUACAACAUAUCUCUCCAGACCUCAUCUACACUUCAAACUCCACCUCCUACGAAUCCGUACUCCAAUCCUCUGUUCAAAACUUGCGCUUCUUAGUCUCCAAAACCAAUCAAAAGCCCUCACUAAUUGUCACAGCAAACUCUACAUCCGACGUAAACAUAACAAUCAGAUGUGCGUACAUGAAUGGCCUACAGCUCCGCGCAAGGAGCGGUGGUCAUGACUAUGAAGGCAUGUCAUAUGUAUCCGACGACAAUGAUCGGCCGUUUGUGGUCGUUGAUCUUGCACACUACAGAAGCAUCGAUGUCGAUGCCAAGACUCGAACAGCUUGGGUUCAAGCUGGAGCAACCGUUGGUGAGGUCUACUAUAACGUAUUCACCAAGAGUAAUGGUACUCUAGGUUUUCCAGCAGGACUAUGUCCAACUAUGGGGAUUGGUGGGCACUUAAGUGGUGGUGCAUUUGGCACAAUGAUGAGAAAAUAUGGCACUGGUGCCGAUAAUGUUAUCGAUGCCAAGAUUUUGGGCACCAGUGGAGUGGUUUUGGACAGGCAGACGAUGGGAGAGGAUUUGUUUUGGGCCAUAAGGGGCGGAGGAGCAGCCAGUUUCGGUAUCGUUUUAGCUUACAAACUUCAACUGGUUGAAGUUCCUCCUGUUGUUACUGCAUUCAAUGUUCACAGGAAUUUAAGGCAAAAUGCGACUAAUCUUGUUACAAGGUGGCAAGACAUUGCUCCUAAAUUGGAUGAUAAAAUCUUUCUCCGAGCAGUUGUGAUACCCGUAAUCGACAGUGAGUCCAUAUGGAAUGUGAACAUUCAAGUUCAGUUCAUCUCCCUCUUCCUUGGAAACAAAAGCCAGUUCGUCUCUGCAAUAGACACGAGCUUCCCUGAGCUUGGCCUUCAAGCUGAGGACUUCACAGAGAUGAACUGGUUAGAAUCUGCCCUCUUCAUGUACGGUAUGUCAGGUGAAGGGAUUGAAGCAUUACUGAACAGGACACCAGCGUCCAACAGUUCAUUCAAGGCAAAAUCAGACUUUGUGACAAACCCAAUCACUGAGAAACAAUGGGGAGAGAUAUGGAGGGCUCUUAGAAACCUCAAAGAGGACAACAUCACUAUAUUGCUGAUAAUGUCACCGUUCGGAGGAAUAAUGGACAUGAUCCCAGAAUCGACAAUUGCGUUCCCUCACAGGAAAGGAAACUUAUACAACAUUCAGUAUUACACGAGCUGGUCCGGGGCAGAGGAACAGGAGAGCAAGAGACAUUUGGAUUCAAUGAGGAAACUGUAUGAUUUUAUGACUCCAUAUGUUUCAAGCAAUCCGCGGACAGCAUACUACAACUACAAAGAUAUCGAUUUGGGGAGGACCGAAGGGCUGAUGCCGAGCUACUUUGAGGCUCGGCAGUGGGGGGAGAGGUAUUUCAAGGGUAAUUUUGAGAAGCUAGCUAUCGUGAAGGGGAGGGUCGAUCCUAUGAACUUUUUCAGGAAUGAGCAGAGCAUCCCACCAUUGAAUUAUAGGAGUCAAGAAGCCAUCUCUUCCUCAUAGAACAACACCAUUAUGCGAUUGUUGAAUAAAGAAGUAAGAGCACAUUAUGCGUGUACUAGUUAAAAUUUAUGUAUUUGGUCAUCAAAUGAAACAUGUCCUUAUUUAAAGUGCCAUGUAGCCUUUUAAAAAAACGCUUGGUGACAUGAAGGGAAAUCCCAACUACCCGAGCUCAAAAUUGAUCGAGUUGCCGGAAAAAUUUUGAAAAGGGGGAAAUAUAUAAAAAUUAGAGCUUUUGGGAUUGUGAU